AUGCCGGCUCCCAUUCUCACCGAGCCGCUGCUCGUCGUGCGCAAUAUGCAGGACGAUGAGAAGGAUGUCGCGGACCGUUUCGAGCGUCACGUUUCUCACUGCUCACAAUGUGCCCUGUCGCUCGAGACCGGCCGAGAUGCUCUCUGUGAGCGUGGUCAACCCCGAGCCGUCGAUGUCACCAAGUAUUUCUACAGCCUGGACGGAAAACACCUAUCAGUCGUCGACAAGGAGAGCGGUAGUCCGAAGCGAGUCAAACUUCCUCGCGAGAAUGUUUCCACUCGCAAGUUGAUCGAACACAUCGAAAACGGCGCUCGCAUUCACUCCCCUCGUGGCCGGGCCCCUCCUGUCCGCGCCCCCUCUCCUCUACGCCGCUCCACCUCCAUUCACAGCUCUUAUGACCAGAGAUAUCCCAUCCCUCCGCGUCGACCGGCCCCCGUGGUUGAGUACCGCGAGCCUCGCAACUAUACCCCAUCCCCCGAGCCAGAGACUCCCACCCGCAUCAUCGAGCGAUCACCCUCGAGCGCUCACCAAUCUCCCUCCACCAGCAAACGCCGCGUCGUCAUCUAUCACUCGCCUCGUGGCUCCCCCAGUCGCAGCUCCACCAGCCGUGGCUCGCUGUAUAGCAUGGACCACCAGGACAGAGUCGAGUUGCGCUACAACACAACCCAUAUUCGCCGGCAGUCCGACUACAACCGUUGA